AUGAAUGGCACGCCGUAUGCCCCUCAAAGGCACAUAAACGACCACUACAAGAUCGUCGGCUUCAUCAGUAGCGGAACAUACGGACGCGUCUACAAAGCAGAGGCCAAGAUACCUAAUAAUGCCCAGGCCAACAAUCCCGCCAGGCAUCCUGAUGGCAGGAUCAUCGAGGCAUUCGCCAUCAAGAAAUUCAAACCUGACAAGGAGGGCGAGGUCCAGUACACCGGCAUUUCUCAGUCAGCGAUUCGCGAAAUGGCCCUCUGCACGGAGCUCAGUCAUCGAGCGAUGAUACACCUGGUCGAAAUCAUCCUCGAAUCCAAGAGCAUUUAUAUGGUUUUUGAGUAUGCCGAGCACGAUUUGCUUCAGAUAAUCCACCAUCACAGCCUGGUCCCACGAACGCAUAUACCCACGUCGUCCCUGAGGUCGAUCAUGUAUCAGAUCUUCUCCGGUCUGCUCUAUCUGCAUCGAAAUUGGGUGAUCCACCGCGAUCUCAAGCCCGCCAACAUCAUGGUCACGUCCGGUGGGGCGAUCAAAAUCGGCGAUCUUGGCCUGGCACGUCUCUUCUACAAGCCACUGCACCCACUGUUCUCUGGCGAUAAGGUCGUCGUUACCAUCUGGUACAGGGCGCCAGAACUGCUGUUGGGAAGCCGGCAUUACACGCCAGCUAUCGACCUUUGGGCUGUAGGCUGCAUCUUUGCUGAGCUACUUAGCCUCCGGCCAAUGUUCAAGGGCGAGGAGGCGAAACAAGAUUCCAAGAAGGCGGUUCCUUUUCAGCGCAGCCAGAUGACCAAGAUCGCAGAAGUCUUGGGCAUCCCGAAGAAGAGUGACUGGCCGCUGCUAUCGGCAAUGCCAGAGGUCGGGAGCCUCGCAAGUGUCAGCUUGCAUGCCCCCUCCACAAAUCGACCGCUGGGUUUGGAGAAGUGGUACAGCAACAUGCUUCAGAAUAAUGCAUACGGGCCGUCAUCACCGGCGCCAGACAACAGCGCCCUUGACCUGCUCCGGAAACUCCUCGAAUAUGAUCCGCUGAAAAGGUUGACUGCAGAGGACGCGCUGAAGCAUCCAUAUUUCACGGGCAGUGGGAAGCUGCCUUCGUGGAAUUGUUUUGAGGGCUUGGAGACAAAAUAUCCACCUCGAAAGGUUACGCCCGAAACACAAGAACUCAGCAACGGAAGUCUUCCAGGAACGAAAAGAAGCGGACUACAAGAUGAUUCACUGCUUCGUCCACCUCAGAAGAAACUGCGCGACGGUUAA